GGUUAAAUACCGGAGUAAAAAGUUCCUUGAACAAUGUAUUGAGUAGCAAACAAGAAGAAAAAAAAAUUCUCUCGAGUAUCGUGUAGCCUGAGAUCAGGAUUAUCAUUAGCCUGAGAAUCAUGCUUCCGAUAAUCUUGAAUGAAUCAAUUAAGUCAAUCAAUGUUUGCAGAAAUAAAGAUCGAUAAUUCAAUCCCACAUAAUAGCAGCCAUAUUGUAGGCGUUGAACGAACAGCUGUAACAGACCGAACGAGUGAACGAACGAACGAAGGAACAAACGAAACGAAGAAAGAACCAAUGCCAUAACGAAUGUGAAAGGCACAAGGAGUUUUGUGUGAUGCUGCUGUCCGUGCAUUUCUUACAUCACGCGUGUCAAAAACGUGUACAAUUGAAAUCGCAAUAUUUCACACAUUGGUUGAAUUUCUUCCAUCAUUCCUCGCGAUCUUCGUAUCAGUAAUUGUAAUAGUCUAUACGGAAUGAUUUCAGCAUCAACAACUGUUACGAUGUGUUAUCACGAUCGUCGAUGGAUGAUGAUAGUCAAUCGUUUAAAAAUUAACAAAAUUUUAUUAUUUCUAAUCAUCAUAUACUUAAAUGUAAUACAAACUAUCUGUGAUAAUUAUACAAACAUAAAUCUACCGGAAAAUCAAUUGAAAUAUUACUUUAAUUCGUUCCCAACGAUCGCAGAAAAAUGUCGCAACGAUCCUGAAUGUCCAUAUAAGGACCAUUUAGAUAGCAAGGCAUGUUGGGGAUACGAAGAUGAUUGUAGACCCGAAAAUUCUUACUCUAUUCCAAAAUGCCCGGGCGAUCACAAGGGGUGGGUGGCAACCAAGCAGGCUCAAUUAGAUACUUUUUAUACUCAAGGUGAUUUCGGCUACGUCCGUGAUCAGAGAAAAGAAAUGAUGAUAAUCUGCGAGCCACUUUUUCUCGAUGAUUCCUCGUUGGAAUGUUCGGAACACAUGAGAUUUUGCAGAGGAAGAAAUAUAAUGAUAAAUUUCACUGAUCUCGCAACCAGAAAAGAACCCAUAAGAUAUAAAAUGGACGUUUUGAAAGAAGGCCAAAUAGGCGGAUACUGCACAUUGAAUGAAAAAAGACUCAUGGCAAAUGCCGAUCAUAUAAGUCCCCUGCAGUCAUGGGGUCCAGAACUUCGUAACUUUAGAAAAUUACCAAGAAGACCAAUAGUUGAGGGGGACUGUGACGUAGUCAUAGAAAAACCAACGUUCCUAAUGAAAAUAGACGCAACAGUUAACAUGUACCAUCAUUUCUGUGAUUUUUUCAACCUCUACGCAUCUCUUCACGUCAAUUUAUCACAUCCUUCUACUUUUGAUGUGGAUAAUCAUAUCCUGAUAUGGGAAAGUUAUAGUUACCAAUCUGCUUUUCAAGAUACUUUUGAAGCUUUCACAAGCAACCCAUUGUGGGAUCUGAAAACUUUCCGAGGCGAUACGGUUUGUUUCAAGAAUAUAAUCUACCCAAUGUUGCCUAGAAUGAUUUUUGGUCUCUACUACAACACGCCAUUGAUUUACGGUUGCGAAAAAAGCGGACUUUUCAAAAGUUUCAGCGACCAUGUUCUACAUAGGAUGAAUAUACCGUUAAUUGAAAAAACAAGCUCGAAAAUUCGAGUGACGUUAUUGAGCAGGGACACGCAGUAUAGGAAAAUAUUAAACGAGGACGAACUAGUGGAAGCGUUGAGAAACAAUUCGAACUACAAAGUGAGGAAGGUAAUUUACAACAAGAAUCUGACGUUCAAAAAGCAGCUACAGAUAACUAGAAAUACCGAUAUUUUUAUUGGUAUACACGGCGCUGGGUUAACGCAUCUGAUGUUCCUACCGGAUUGGGCCACAGUUUUUGAAAUAUACAAUUGUGAAGAUCCGAGCUGCUACAAAGACCUCGCGAGAUUGCGAGGAGUAAAAUAUUUGACAUGGGAAAAUCCUGAUAAAAUUAUCCAACAGGAUCCGGGGACACAUCCGGAUGGUGGAGCUCAUGCUAAAUUCACAAAUUACAGUUUUGACGUUGAGGAAUUUCUACGGAUAGUCAAGCUGGCUGAAAAACAUGUCAAGAAUCAUAAAACUUUCAAAGAGCAUGUUGAAAAGUCAUCUAAAAAUCGAAUCACUGUAAAAAGUUCUGGUAAGGAUGAAUUAUGAAAAUGUUAUGAGACUAAAACGCGUUUUAUAGUUACCGUCGAUAAUGGAAGUAAUAAUUAAUAAAAAAUAGGAAAUAAUUUCAAAUUCACAGCAGCUCAAUAUGCUAAUUAAUACAAAUAUAAAAUCAGUGGCUAUCGUUAAUAAUUAAGAUUGAUAAAUUAUUAAAUGCGUUCGAUUUCCGAU